CUCCUUCGUGUCCACUUCGAGCAUCCCGACGCCUCGACGCCUCUUGGAUCGUGUCUACAAGACCUACUACAGCCUCAGGGUUCGCCUAUGAUGGCUGGUGGUCCUAAUUCGCCGCCGCUCCGUGCUGUCGACAUCCAAGAGCUUGUGAAGCUCGAUCUGCCGAUAACGAGGAUCCGCACGGACGAGGAUGUUGCCUAUUGGAAGACGACGCGUGGACACCAAGAUUUUGGCCUGUUCUUGCGACGCCUCAACGAAUCCGUCGUGGGCCACAAUCUACCUUAUACGGAGCCCGUGGGCGAUGCGGCGACCAGGAUGAUUGCUCUCCUGGACACGCUCGACGGCUGGAUCGAUGAAAUUCCACCGCUGCCAACGCCCCAGCGGUACGGUAAUUUGGCGUUCCGCACAUGGGGCAAACGUCUAGAAAGCGAAGGCGACGCCGUCCUCGCUAAGCUACUUCCCGAGACUUUGCAGCCCGCCAUACCCUAUCUGUCGCCGUACCUCUUGACGUCUUUCGGGUCAUUCACGCGCAUGGACUGUGGAACGGGCCACGAGGCCUCCUUCGCGUUGCUGCUUCUGUCUCUCACCCUGCUUCGGUUCUUCGAACCCGAGGCUCGAACGGAGCGCGAGUUGGUCUUGUGUGUCUUCGUCCGCUACCUUCGUCUGUGCUGGAGACUGCAAGAUGUGUAUAAGCUGGAACCUGCGGGCAGCCACGGCGUAUGGGGGCUAGAUGACUACAGCUUCCUCGGGUAUAUUUUUGGCAGUGGCCAGCUUCGAGAUCAGAUAGAGAUCCCCGUCAACGCCAUCUUGCAUCCGCCUCUUCCGCCGACAAACCUGUAUUUCAUGUCGAUCAUGCGUAUCCACGAAGUGAAACAUGGCCCUUUCCACGAACACUCGUCACAGCUACAUUCAAUAGCCGUGGGUGUGGUUUCGUGGUCCAAGGUGAAUUCGGGGUUAUUCAAAAUGUAUGAGGCAGAAGUUCUGGGUAAGCGGGUAGUGGUGCAACACAUCCCCGUCGGCGGUUUGCUAGAUUGGGAUAAUUCUGUUACACCACCUCCCAGGCUACCGCAGCCAUUCGUAACUGCCCCCGCACCUAUGCAACCCCCGACUACUGCAUUCACUCCUGGAGCGCCUCCGCAGUCUCGGAGUCAGACAGGUGUUGGAGCUGUCUUCAAACCCGUCCUGCCCACUUCCGCACCUCGUCGAGCAGAUCCCGGUCUGACUCGGGGCGUGCAUGGCCAUCCUGGGCCCGGCGGUGCUUGGGGCAUUCUCCCCGCGCGCUCACCGCUCGGGCCCACUGCGAGUACCGUUCUGCGGCCAAUUGACAGAGACCCGGACGGAGCCCCGGAUUCGCUACAGGGUCCGUCCCGUUCACCCACACCGACCAAUCACGGAGGAAGAUAGAUGCAGCUUGGAGCUGUAGGCGGAAGGCGGUGAUUCAUAAAAAGGAGGAAGUAGUAAUUUCGAAGAGCAGCCUUGAUUGAUGUACCACUACUGUAUUGUAUUUGGCGGAGCACUUACGCUGAGAGGUCCGAGAAAUUCAGGUCUGUUCUACUUA